CAAAUUGAAAGCCAAGACGAGGACCAAUCCAUUCAAUUUUUCACUUUAUCCACUUCCACUUCAUCGCGUAGUCAGAGAGAGCCGCCGCCGCCGGCGUCCGACCGCCAUGAGCGUAGCUCCAAAGCUUCUCUAUCCGCCCACAGGCAUUCCCUACGCGCGUCCGUGGACGCUUCGCCGCCGAUUUGUCUGUCAUUGCCUUCAUCAAUCCACAGGAAGCCGCCGCAGCGGAGGAAGAGGAUUCCGACUUCCCGGAGUGGCUUCAGUUCCGUAUCAACCGAUCAAUGUCGAUUAUUUGGAAGAAGAAUUCAACGGCCAAGGACAUGGAGUAACAUUCGAAGGAAUCGGCGAUGAAUGCGUUGCAAAAUUGCGAUUGGAAAAUGGAGGUUCUGCGAUUCUUAUGUUCCCGAGCGGAUUAAUUACUUCCUACAAAUCUCCGAUGUGGCAUGGAGGAUCGCUCGAGCUGCUUCAUUCUUCGGUAUCUGAGGACAAAAAUGGCGACGUUGUUGUUCAAGGAGGCGUAGCCCUAGCCCUGGACUGUGGGAGUAAUCGACUGGAGGAUGUUUCUUGGGCUCUUCAUAAUGUUACAGGAAAUCCUCGCGAAUCGAUUCAGAUGGAGCUGAUAAGCAGGGUUGCAGAGGGCAAGGUAGAGUUGAAAUACACAGUUACACUUGGGGAAGAUAUGUUAACAUCAGAGCUAACAGUGUCCAAUAAUAAAGAAACAUCUCUUGAAUUGAAAGGCUGUGUUUUGAGUCAUAUGACUGUGAGUACUCCUGAGGCAACUUUUGCUAUUGGAUUGGAAGGUUCAGAUUUCCACAGCAUGCCACCAUUUUCAUCAAGUUCUGCCAUUAUUCCUCCAGAUUGUUAUGGCCAGGGAAGCAGCUCAGGUUUGACUCAAACAUUCGAAGGGAUUCUUUCUGGUUGGGGCAAAAGCAACCAAAGAGACAGUGAAGAGGAGAUUGAGGGUGAAGAGACAGAUAACUACAAGCAAUUGAUGGAACAGAUGAGUAGGAUCUACACCAAUGCUCCCAGAUACUUCACAAUCAUAGACAGGGGAAGGAGAAACUCUGUGGUGGUGGGGAGAGAUGGAUUUGAUGAAGUUUACAUCUUCAGUCCUGGAUCAAAUCAUGUGUACUAUGGAGAAUAUUCUUAUAUAUGCCUUGGUCAAUCAGCCAUGCUUAAACCAAUAGUCUUGGAGCCUCAACAAGUAUGGAGAGGGUCUCAGUAUUUAUACAACCCAAAUCUCUAGUCCUUGUAUCACCCUCUUGUCCAUUCCCUUCAAUGUAAAAAGUUCCAAGGAUGACCACAAAGGAUUUUUUUUAAUAAAUAAUUAAUUAAAAAAAAGGGUUAACAUGAAACUA